AAAAGAGAAAAAGUUCACCGUCACAGACUUCCAUUAACCAAACGGUUCUCAACUGUUUACAACAACAAAGGAAAAAACAGGUAAUAUCUGAGGCAGGCUUUACAUAUACCGGUAGACUUUUCUCCUUUUCAAUUCAACAACCUCAUCAACAAAUUACUCACAGCAACAACCAAGAAAGUCAAAAAACAAAAAAAAAAACAAAAAAAAACACAAUGGUGUUUAUCGAUGACGAUGUUGUAGUUGUAGAACUGACCCACUUCAAAUUUCUUGCUGCUCAAUUCCUUCAUUUUUUGCCUAUAAGGUAACUCUUCAACGUCCCCUUUUUUCUAGUUUCUUGGAGUUGGAUGGAUUUGACGGUGUUGAUUCAGUGGUUUCCGCCUGUAUUUGGCGGAUUUCGGGACAAUUUGGAGUUAGGGUUAGAUAUUGUGUUUCUCUAGCGUUUUUCUUUGGUUUAGAGUGUCAUUUUUUAAUUUUUAUGCAAAAAUACAGUGGCUAAAGAAAAGUUUUAAUUUUUCCUUUAAUUAAUUUGUUUAUUGGAGUUGGGGAUAGUUCUAUAUGUGGGUUACUUUUGUUUGAAUUUGAAUUUGUUGGAUGGGAUUAAGUUAUCUGAUGGAUCAAUCUAGGGUUUUGAUGGAGGGCAGAUAUUCUGGGGAUUGAUCUUUUGAUCAAGGUGUUUAUCAAGUUUUGUUCUUGAAUUGGUUUUCAAAAAAUUUCAUUACGGAUAUAUUCAAUCGCCUACCAGCAACAAAAUUCACCAAGGAUAUGAUGAUGCUUUUGGAUUACCCUUUGUGGAGAUAAAAUUCAACAAAAUUCACCAAGAAUUGUUGGAGAAUCUACUGCGUUAUCGAUGGAGAAUCAUCAUCAUCCGUCGACACUCUUGUCCAUGGAUUCUAGUGCUUCCUCUCACGAAGAAUUGGAUUUGGAAAUGAAUCGUCAAAUCGUUCUUUCCCGUCCGCCGGAUAUCAAUUUACCCCUGUCAGUAGAGCGUAGCCCUCCUCCGCCGUUAUGGAAUUCAGAAACAUAUGAUAUUUUAGAUGUUGGACUUGGUCAACAGGUUUAUGAGACUGAGAUUUUUCUAAAUGUAACCAAAGUUGGGAGGAAAUGCGCCAAGCGGGUUGAUAGUAUAUGGGGUGCUUGGUUUUUCUUUUGUUUCUACUUCAAACCUGCUUUGAAUGAGAAAUCAAAUGCUAAGAUUAUCCACGAUAGCAAUGGAAUCUCCGGUUUUGACAAAUCUGAUCUCAAGCUUGAUGUUUUUAUGGUUCAACAUGACAUGGAGAAUUUGUACAUGUGGGUUUUCAAGGAGAGGCCUGAGAAUGCGUUGGGUAAAAUGCAGCUUAGGAGUUACAUGAAUGGACAUUCCCGUCAAGGGGAUCGCCCAUUUCCAUUUAGUGUUAAUAGGGGUUUUGGUCGGUCGCACCGGAUGCAGCGAAAGCAUUAUCGAGGACUAUCAAAUCCUCAGUGUGUUCAUGGAAUUGAAGUUGUCCACUCACCCAAUCUCACAGGUCUUGAUGAGGACGAGAGGAAAAGAUGGACGGAACUGACUGGCAGGGACUUGAACUUCACAAUUCCACCUGAAGCCAGUGAUUUCAGUUCAUGGAGAAACCUUCCUAACACAGAUUUUGAGCUUGAGAGACCACUUCCCCAGAUAAACAUUGCCCCUAAUUCUCACCCAAAGAAGCUUCUAAAUGGUUCCGGGCUCAAUUUGUCAACCCAGCCAUCCAAUCAUAGCAAUGGUGAUGGAAUGGACCUAUCCCCAGUCAGCAGCAAAAGGAGGAAAGAUUUUUUCCGACAUGGCAGUGAGGACGAUUGUUAUCUGGCUGUUAAUCCCCCCUCUGAUCAAGUUCCAGAUAUGGAACUUCCUCCAAAUGAACCACAAUGGCUGCAUAAUUUCGGCGGGGUCAUGAAGAAUGUUCACGGGCCUGUGAUAGCUGCAAAAUCAAUAUAUGAGGAUGAAGAUGGUUAUUUAAUUAUGAUCAGCUUGCCCUUUGUGGAUCUGCAGAGGGUGAAGGUUGCUUGGAGAAAUACUCUCACACAUGGUAUCAUCAAGGUAUCUGGUGUGAGCACUUCUUGCGUGCCAUUCAUCAAGAGAUAUGAUAGGACGUUCAAGCUUACAGAUCCAACCUCUGAGCAUUGUCCACCAGGGGAGUUUGUCAGGGAAAUCCCACUUUCAACUCGAAUUUCUGAAGAUGCUAACAUUGAAGCAUAUUACGAUGGACCAGGGUCCAUACUCGAGAUUCUGGUGCCUAAACUUCGCGAGGGACCAGAAGAACACGAGGUUCAUGUUUGCCUUCGUCCUCACCUCGGAGGGAACGAUCUCAUGCUAACCUGAGAUAUACAUUUGUAAGAAAAUAUAAAGUUGGUGCUGCAUAGUUUGACUAACUGUGUAAUCUGUGGAUCAAAAUAUGCUACAUAAGCUUUAUCUUCUAUAAGUUUGCUCUCUAAUUGCCAUGUUUGAUGCUUCUAAGCAAAUGGUUAUCAUUUGACUGCUAAUAUUGUUAGUUCUUGAAUUUAAAUUUGGUUUUAGUCAGUUAUAUAAAAUUAUUAGUUCUUGAGUA